GGUCGGCCAAUUUACAGGUUGCGGGAAAUACGUGGAAAAGUGCACGCGUCCGCGCUUGGUUUGUCCAGAUUAUUUGGUAUUUUGGCACUUUGUCGAAGUAUUUUAAUUAAGGAGAAACAGUCAUGAGUUCUGAGACAAACACAGCAGCCGUGCCCACGGCGUGUGAAGAUGUGCAAGGUGAUAAACGAUGGAUAAAUAUGCAUGAGCGCUACGUCGCUGAUGCCAAGGAAAAGGAGCCGGAAAUCCUGUUUGUAGGGGACUCCUUGAUCCAACUCAUGGCACAGUUUCAGGUAUGGACAGACCUUUUUGAGCCCCUACACUCUCUUAACUUUGGCAUCGGUGCAGACCAGACGCAGCAUGUGCUAUGGCGCUUACAGAAUGGAGCGCUUGACUUCAUCGAGCCCAAGGUGAUCGUUUUACAAGUGGGUACCAACAACCAUGGCCAUACUGCAGAUGAGACAUUCGAAGGUAUUGAAGCAAUCAUCAAGUACAUCACUACCAAGAUCCCAGCCGCUCAGCUAAUUGUCAUGGCUAUUCCACCCCGGGGCCAGUACCCAAACAAGCUACGCGACAAAAUCAAAUCCAUCAACAACUCCCUAGCACGACUACUCGGCGAGCAACCUCCAAAGUUCCCCAAAGCUGAGUAUUUUGACGCCAAUGGCGACUUUGUGAUCGAAGACGGCACGAUAUGUCACAGCGACAUGUACGACUAUCUACACUUGACCGACAAGGGCUAUCGGAAAAUAUGUGAGCCUCUCAAGGAGAGGUUAGACGAAUUGCUGCAAGGGAAGUAGGUACGUUAGACCUUACCAUGUGGCCAUCUUGGUCAGGCACCCUGGAAACUGCAGUGUAUUAUCUAUGGAUUUAUAACAUUAUGUCAUUGGCACCAGACUCUGAGUCGGAGUGACUUGUACAAAACAAGCAAUGCAAGGCGAAGUUUCUCAGAUGUGAUGUUGGUACACGAUGCGAAUACUUUGUCCAUUCCAGUGGGUUCCAAAGUGCUCAGAUAUUUGUGCACAAAAUGCUGUCUUUCUUUUUCAGUUAAAUGUCUUUAUCCAUCACAUAAAUGGUAAACAGAGAGGGUAUGCAUUAUUCCAUCAUGUCUCUAAACCCUAACACUCCUCAAUCCUUCACCUGUUGGAGGACUGAGGAGUGUUAGGGUUAAUAGCCGAGAUGUUAACUGUUGUACACUGUACAUGUCGCCGUGAGAAAAAUGUUGCACUACGAUGUUAGAAAGCAUUGUCUGUGAAUGUUUUAUGUACAUAUGUACAGUGGUUGGCCACUUUAACUUUGCUUGACUGAAAUUUGGAUUUUUUUGUUAUUUUUACUUUGUACUUUUUUAUCAGGAGUUAUGAAAAUUCAAAGCCGAGUUGAGGAGAAAAUGGGUACUUGGAUCAUUGGGGGGUUCGUGACUUAGUAGAUGAAAAUUGCCAAAUAUGAAACACGUCACUUUUGGCUGCCGAUUAUGUUUUCAAUUACCUUUAGACCACAUAAUUCAUGUUUGUGUUCAACCCCGACCCUAUCAGAUGCGACACAACAUAGCAGUGGUCUAAAGUUGUACACAGUUGGAUUUAGCAUGUAGCAGUCACUCUGCACCAGUGAUGACUCUAACUGCACAGUGUCAAGACUGGUGCCUUUUCAACACAGUGCUUUUCAUGCCGUGAAAUCCAGCUUUGCAUGGUUGCAUUUUGUCCAAUGUUGUGCCAGGGUUAUGAUUCUAGCUGCUUUGAAUUUUUUUGCUCUCAGGGCAGUUGGAGAAGAACUGCCCUGGGUGGGGCUGAUCCUGUUAACCGCCCCAGAUCUGUGAAAAUCCACUGCCAGAUACUGGAGGAAUUUUUAGGAUUGAGGAGGGUACGUGUAGGUGCUUCUGGCAAGAAUGUGUCAUCGGUUCACUGUGCUGUGCAGUUGGAGGGUACCAGCCAAGAAUACCUUGAAAGUUGUAGGGUCAGGACCACGAACUCUAACCUUACCAGAUCCAGCAAGUUUCGACUGUCAAAAAAGCCCGGUCGACUUUGUUUCACUGGGCAAUCACAUGCAGUCAGAUGGGCGAGUGCCAAUGCAGAGUGCCACUAAUGGCUGGCUGCCACAUACAUGUAAGCGGACAUACAGUACAUGCGGGCAUUCCCUGGCUUUUGGGGCCAGGGGGGGGGAGGAAAGUCGAUCUAUUAGAUCUUGUUGCAGUGGGCGGGGUAUGCCACGUUGACAAAUGUUGCAAAAGGAUGCAUCUGGUAGGGGUCCUGACCAAGACACCCUGGAGGGCAGGGGUUAAUCCACAGUGUUGCGGUCCUUUCUCCUUCCACAAGCCCUCUUUGCGUACACUACGUGUACGUUUGACACGCACUCAUUCUUGGUCCAAGUGGUUAACCAUGAUCUUUCACUAAGUUUGGAAUGGUUGCUUCGUUUGCUCGCAUCUCAGGCCUCGGCAUAGGAAACUGUAACUCACAGAGCAAAGGGUAAAAUAUGUGUAACAAAUCUGUAUGCUACGUAAUUUGUGCAAAGAAAUAUAUUCUGACCACAUGCAAAUGCCUUGCCAAUGUUAUACAAAUAUUGAAUGCUAAUAUGAGUACAAGUCCAGCGGUGCUGGUGGGAAUUAUUUCAUUCGGUGACAGAGUCGGCCUUCCACAGGGCUUCCUCUCAAGGAGUGGAACAUUGAAUCUGCCACAGGAUGAAAUUAUUCUUAUCGCCGCUGGAAAGUGAAGCCUUUUUUAUACAACACCUGGAUAAAUCCUCUUUUUGUGAAAACCGUGCUUGAAAAGAAGUUGUCCGGUUUGAAAUUAGUACUUCGGUGAGCGUUCCUGCUCUGUCGAUUGCAAAAUUUUCUUCUAGUUUGACGGCACACAUGCACAUACAUGUGCAUUUGAAAAGCUUAUAUUUUUGUCUGAGCAGUGGCCACAUUUAGUACUGGUUCAGUAAUUUCUGCACCUGUCAGGUGGAGAGAAGUGGUUUGCAUUGAUCAGUUAUGGUUUACCUUGUUUGGAGAGACCAGUGGAACAGUAGAGUUAUAACUUCAUCUAAACUGCAACCCUGCACACGACAUCCCUGUACUUAUCUUCAAGCAAACUUGAAUUCUCAAUUCUGAUUGGUCGAUCCAUGGCAACAAACUGUGUGACAUAUAAGUGCAUGGCACGGUUCAUUUCAAACCCAACGCUAUGCGCUAU